GCACAAGAGGCUGAAGCAUUACACACAGCACAUGUGAUGCAAAUACUAGAAAAAGAAAAAAAAUUCUGGGAAAUCUUGUCUCACAAGGCUGGCUGCGUCAUUUCCUUUUAUGACAGAUUUGUGGUUUCAGGUCUUUAAAAUGUUUUGCCGGGCUACAACCAUGACUAGUUUCAACGUCUGUUGCAUGGAGAAAUGAAUUGUCAUGAUAGGAACAUGUUUUGGCAGGGCCACAGACCACAGUCAACAUCUAAGAUCUUCCUCUCCCUUGUCCUGUCAACUAUCAUUGCAUUAGUAAACACAACAGUUCCAUGCAACCAGAGCUAUACUAAAACUAUUCAUAAAGGUGUGAAACUCAGCAAGCUUAUGAAGAAGAGCACUGCAGAACUAUUAAAAACAUAUCAAGCCAGUGAGGGAGACUUUGCAAAGCAGUUCUGCAAAAUGCAGAUGGACAACGUUCCGUCAUCAAGCCUCUCAGGACAAACUUCAUCUGACCGCAUGUUGAACAUUUACACACGACUAAAGGAGUUCCAGCCUCACAUAAAAAAAGUCCUGAAGCAGCAAACUGUCUUGCUGCCUCCUCAGAGCCCUUUGCUUAAAAGCCUAGAUGAGACUUUUCAACGAACUGGCCACCUUGCCCACAGAAUGAACUGCAUUCUGCAGAUCUUGCAGCCCAAUAUUCCCAUAUUUGAGCCAGCAGCCAGUCCCACCGGAAUUCCCCUGCCUCAAAAUGUAUUUCAGCAAAAGGUCUAUGGGUGUGUCGUCCUGACUCGGCUCAACAAGUUCCUCUCAAGAGUCGUUGAUGAACUGAGGUCAUUCAAGGGUAGAUAGCAUGUGUGUAAAAAAAAAAAGGAACUGUGGUGAUGUAAUAAGACUAGUGGAGAAUGAUUUAAAAUGAUUUGUCUUUUAGGUUUGACCGACAUAUUUAUUAAUUAUUUAUUUUUCACAUAGAGUAAAUAUAAGAAAGUAGCAAUGAAAGAGACAUAUGUUUGAAAGCUUCAUUUGCAAUUGUAUUUAUUCCAUUAAUUUAUUGCUAUGUCAAAAUUGAUUAA